AUGAACGACGACGAGGUGGGGGCGGGUUACGGAGUGGACCACGGCGGUCCUCCUGGUCGUCAAAGCUUGGGCCGCAGCGAGGAGGACGGCAGCGAGGACUGUCACUCGGUGAUCAGCCGAAAGUCCGCCACGCCCACGGAGAGAACCUGUGACAAGUACGGCUUCUUUCUGGAGAACUCGGAGGACGAGGAGGGGGGCGGAACAGCAGCUGAAACCAGAGUACCAACCUCCGCCGAGGUGAAGGCGCUGCGCGCCCGCGAGAAGAAGUGGCUGCAGAUGCUGAACAACUGGCGCUACUACAUCAACUUCAAGUGGGAGAAGAUUCGCGACCGCUGCCGCAAGGGCAUUCCCCACUCGCUGCGCUCCCAAGCCUGGUUCUACCUCUGCGGCGGCCACCUGCAGAAGCGCCGCCGGCCGGCGCUCUACGCGGACCUCCUGACACGAUCCGUUCCCGAGGAGACGCGCAGCGACAUCACCAAGGACCUCCAUCGCCAGUUUCCCGGCCACGAGCUCUUUGCGGAGCGUUCCGGCUCCGGCCAGGCUGAGCUCUUCAACGUCCUCAAGGCCUUUGCAGCGUACCGCCCGGCGCAAGGCUACUGCCAGGCGCAGGGCCCCAUUGCGGCGGUGCUGCUGAUGCACAUGCCCGCAGAGCACGCCUUCUGGUCGCUGGUCGCCCUCAACGACUACUACAUUGGCGGGUACUUUACGCACAACCUGGAGGAGAUUGAAAUUCACGGGCGCAUGCUGGCGGCCUUCCUCCGCCGGUUCUCGCCCUCUGCCUACAGUUUGCUGAAGCGGCAGAACGUCGAGCCGGUUCUCUACAUGACCGAGUGGUUCAUGUGCAUCUACUCGCGCAGUCUGCCCUGGGCCUCGGUGCUCAGGGUCUGGGACAUGUUUCUCUGUGAAGGCGUGACGGUCCUCUUCAAGGUGGGCAUCUACAUUGUGGACGUGACGCUGAGGGGGGAAAAUGUGAAGACCUGUCCGACGAUGUACGAGACGUGUCAGAAGCUGCGCAGCACGCCCCGCCACUACCUCGCAGAGGAGCCCCUGCUCAAGGGACUGAAGCACAUUGACCUGAAGGAUGAGGACCUGCUGCGGGAGCACAAAACUCAGGUGAAGAAGCACCGAAAGGCGAAGAGCAGGGAAAGCAGGGAGCAGAAUGCUGCUUGA